UGUGCAGGAACAUGCUGCUGAUGACUUUGUUGCUCAGUCUGCUGGAUUUAGGGGCAAUGGGGUCUGAAAGCCCUGACUGCAGUGAGAGGAAAGACGACCCUGCUUGCUUGGAGUUACUGGUAGCCAUGCCACCUCAGGACGCCAGCUGUGAUGGACCUGUAAGCUGCAGACUGCACUUCCUCUCGCCAGAUGAGCAGCCUGAGGAGGUUAAAGAGCAACAUCAUGACACUCACCAAGAGUUCAAGCAGACCAUGAAGCAGGCUGGAGCAGAAGGAGGGGGCAAACAGCAAAGCCCCAAAGCCAAAAAUGUGGCAGAUAGGUUGAACUUAGUGGAGACCAGCAUCAUCUCCAUCACCUCUAAGCUCCAGAAACUGCAGGAAGAGACCAAGGUGAAUCUGAGCAGGAUAGAGGACAGGCUGAACUCCCUGGUGGUGCUGCUCCUGGGUAUCCUGACUGGAUGUGAGAUGCCCUGUAAUGAGUCAGUGCAGAGACUGUCACUGCUAGAAAGUCGACGUCUCAAGACGCUGGAGACAAAGGAGGAUCUUCCACUGAGUGUGAAAGGAGCAGGGAAUAUGGGAUCACCUGUUGAGUCUUCGGAGAAGCCAGAAAGAUUGUUUCCGAGAGACUGUGCUGAGAUCCACAAACAAGGAAUUAGAGACAACGGGAUUUACACCAUCCAGCCGAUCCCACUGAGGCAACCAUUUGAGGCCUAUUGUGACAUGGUUACGGAUGGCGGAGGAUGGACCGUAUUCCAGAGGAGACAAGAUGGUACAGUAGAUUUUAAUCGUACCUGGCAGGACUACAAGCUGGGGUUUGGCAGUUUACAGGGGGAGCAUUGGUUAGGAAAUGAGAACCUACACAGCCUUACCAGGCUCGGCCAACACAUCCUACGGAUAGAACUGGAGGACUGGUAUGGUGUCAAGAGGUAUGCUAUCUACAAAAAGUUUAAAGUAGCCAGCGAACAAAACAAAUACAAGCUAACAGCCAGGGAGUAUAACGGUAAUGCCGGUAAUGCACUAAGCUACAGUCGAAACUACAACCACGACCAUAAGUCCUUCACAACUCAUGACAGUGACAAUGACAAUUAUCCAUCAGGAAAUUGUGGCACCUACUAUGGAGCUGGAUGGUGGUUUGAUACUUGUCUUGCUGCCAAUCUGAAUGGGAAGUACCAUCGCGGCCGGUACAGUGGCUUGACCAAUGGCAUUUACUGGGGUACAUGGUAUAUCCUCACAGACAAAAGGACAAACCAGAAAUAUUCAUUUAAGAAAGUAGAGAUGAAAACCAGAAUUCUUAAUUAAAGUGAUUCUAUCGAUGAGACUAAAAACUUUUUUCUUUUUCAAAGUUUACCCAGCAGUAUAAUAUAAUAAUCUGGAUAAUCAGAAGCUGAAUGUGAUUUAUCUUCUAUGGCUUCAUUUUAAGAUGGACAGCUAAGUAAUAUGUUCUCACUUCUGAAUUAGUUUGGUGAGUGAAAUCUGAACAAAUAUGAAACAUUCACAAACGGACUAGCAGCCACUGAGUAUAUUUUUGUACAGAGAAUAAUAUUACAUAUAGACAUUUAAAGAGAAACUAUAACCCCUAUCUUAUUUAUAAGGUGAAAGAGUUAAAGUGCACCGGUCAUGGUAAUCACUAGAUCAUUUUACAAAAUAGCUGUUGUGCUACAUUAGAGUUCUGUUGAUUAAAGAAAUAUCCUAAUGCAAACAAAAAACAAACAAACACAUGCUCUGAUUCGAUUGGCUCAUCAGCGGUUUCCUUCUCUGGAGAAACUUGCUUGCUGCUCCGGAGCAGAAUUUUACUUGUGUUUUUAACACAUAUUUGUGAGUUAAAGAUUUAGAGGUUAAACACAAUCCUUUAGAAACAUGAAUCUAAUGAUUAUUAACACAAGAACACCAUUAAAGUCUAGAGAUUUUUGCAGAUAAAUCAUUUGAUAAGAUAGAAUUUCCCUUUAAGUGCUGGCAUAGUUUUGCCUUUGUAAUGAAUUGUGCACCAGUUUGUGGCAUACUACGGGUAUUUGCGGCACUUUGUAAUAAAUUUGUGUAGUGAAAGGGAGCGAAUAUGGGAACUGCGGAUUAACUAAAUUUUCGUUAGCCAGUGCAAGAACUAAAGAGUGCACAGCUCCUUAAGUCAGUACUGGGAGCUGCAAAAUAAACACACUGAUAUAAUAGGUACAGAUAUGGAUCACGAAAAGGUAUCAAGUUUAGAACAAAUGCAAAAUAAAUAUGCAACCUUACUUUAUCUGAGCUGCCUAAUAACGACUCCUCCCUCAGGCUGAUAAGAUGGGCACUGGAGUGCACUGCUCAGCCGGUGCAGGAGCUCAUUUGUAAUAAACCGCAAAGCUGUGUAUAAGAAAAAAAACAUAAGUCUGCUUUGUUUUAUUUUUGCAGUGGAAGCAAUACAUUAUAGUGCAUACAUCGUUUGAAUGUCUGUUCAGAAAAUACAGUAUACAAUGCAAUGAAUAAUGUUACCGUAAACAAUUGCUAUCAUCACAUUUGUUUUGAAACUGUAAUAGUUUUAUUGUUUAUUUUGUAUUUUUACACAAAAAAGACAUUUCUCUGGUCUAGAAAAUGUAAA